GCUUGUGAGUUGAAGGAAUAAGUUACUUUCUGUAUUCAAGCAUCAUGGAAGCUGUUGUGGAGCUAUCAGAUUUAGAACUAAAUCAAGCACUCAUGCUAAUUGCACAGGUGCCAAUCUUCGACGGAACUCCUGAGGAUCUAAGCAAUUUCAUAGCACGAAUUGAGAAUAUCCUAAAAUUGUAUCCAACCCAGGAUGAGCGACAAAACCGCAUUCUAUAUUUGGCAACCGAUUUUCGUCUAUCGGGAGAAGCCAGUCAAGUAAAUGCGAUGGGAGAGGAGAAGACCUGGUCCGAACUCAAGGGAGCCCUGAGUGAGGCAUUUGAAGUCAAAACACGUAUUACCAAGAGCUUCGUAGAUGAACUGGAAUUUAGAGCCUACAAGAUUCGUAGUAAGUUGGGUCUAGACAAUGAUGAAAACACAACCAAAGAUGUUAUUGACCAGAAGCUAUCAGAUCGUUACUUAAGGUCUUUAAACCAACUCGAUAUUUCAACUAUUUCGAUUCUUAAGAAAGCUUCUCAAAUGCGAGGCUAUUACGAACGAGAGGUAUUAAGGGAAAAACAUAGAGAUCCUAAUGAUUUAUAUAGGAAACAAAAUAAUUUAUGUGAUUUACAUAGGAAACAAAAUUCUGAAAAAUCACCUGAAUCCCCAAGGGUUAUUAGGCGUGGUCAUAAGAACUUAAAUAAAGACAAGUUCCCAUUUUAAAAAGCAAAUUUAUUCAUAAAAAAAUAAAUGAAAAUUUAUAAGAAAUAUUAUUAAAUAAUCUACAUAACAUUUAUAUUAACAAAAUUAAAUACUUAAUCGAAUACUCGUAAAGAGUUAUAUGCACUUAAUGAACUUAUAUAACUUUUAUAACUUUGUAACUUAUAACCUAAUAAUAAAAUUUGUCAUAUCUUUGAUAUAUCCAGCUA